AUUAAAACGUAUAUGAAGCCAAAUAGUAAAACACCCGACCCUUAAAAAGACUUAUCGAUUUAAGUAGUACCAAUUUUUAGGCAUUGUGGGGUGUGAAUACACUUCCCCACACGUAACAUACUCCCGAAUCCAAAUUUCUAAAAUUUCGCUGACCAAAUAUCAUUUUCGACCCAAAGAUCGAGAUCGAACCAAAAGGUGUUCGAUCCACCACAACUAAGAUUGAUGGCGACUCCGAGCAUCACGCGAUGGAUCCCUCGAUCUCGAGGGGCGGUUGCGACAUUAGCGACUCCGCUGGGGACUUUUGAGAGUCAAGCUACAUAUUUCAAUUAGGUAAGUUUUUCUUACUAUCUUUAAUAUGUUGAGUGUUUACUUUCUUAUUGUGCAUCUCUAUUCCCAAGCUCUUCUUUAGAAAUUGAAGAGAGUACCGUGACUUCUACAAUAGUAGGGGAAUAACGUGAAACUUUCUAACGAAGUUGAACUCAAAUCUAAGGUUGAUUUGAGGUAUCUAACCAAACUCGAAAGGGUUUUUGGUCGGGUACAACUUGGAAGCCAAUUCCCUAUAAGCUCACACCAUCAUAUAGUUAGCUUAGAGCUACCCAAAGAUACCCAAAACUUAUCCCAAAUCCACCUUGAACCUCUUCGUUAAGCCUUUCAAAAAACCUAGGUUGUUAAAAGUAGGAGGACAUGUUUAUGUUGUUGAUUAUUGUUUUUUUAUUACAAUAUGACUUGUGCUUUAUUGAUUAUUCAUGAAUGACGUGAGUAGAUGCUCUACAAAAAUUUCUUAAAAGUCAUGACACCAGCAAUCUUUUGUUAAUUCAUUAGUCACUCAUCCAAGACCAAUCAUGAAGGUAAAUCUACAAGCAUUUGUGCAUCCCCAAAAAAAUUCACUUAGCAUGAAUAUCAUACAUUCAUCUCAUCUACCAAUAGGUAACAUUUUAAGGACGACAAAUUUUCUAAAAAUGGAUCAUCCACAAGGAUAGUCAAGCCCUCAAGUACUCGAUCAGAUCCAAAGCCGAUCUCAUUAAAGAGAUGAUCCAGAGGGAAUCGAGCAACAUCAAAGUAAAGUUGACGAUACCCGGAGAAAUGAAAAGGGAAUUUAGCAUGAUCAUUUUGGCGAUGUGUCAUUCGAGGACAAAAAUCUGCGCCAACUACACGAAAAAGGAGUAUCAAGUGACAAGUCUCCCAUCACAGCCUCACAGAACAUGCAUGAUCAAAAGAUAUCAAAGAAUCAAAGCACAAUAAUCCACAAGUUUCAGAACAACAAAAAGAAUGUGAGGGCAACACUAUGUUAAGAGAGAAAGGGGAUUCAUUGAAAGAGAGUUGGAACUAUCAAUCCCAAAACACUCAAGCUCACCCAUAUGUUGCAACUACACAGUAAUGCCGCUGCCUUGAGGAGUAAUCGUCCAACCAAAGAUCCAUACACCACUAUUGCAGCAAAGUGAUAAUCGAGAUCAAAGCAUCCCAAGACAACGAAAGAGGGAAUGUCAUCCCAUUCCCAUCACAUGUAUCGAGACUUUUCCAAGAUACUGCAAAAUCAUUUGAUUGCCCCUAUAUCAUGUGAACUUAUGUUGCCUCUAUACCCAAGUAGAUAGAAACCAUAGCAAUAUUAUGCUUACCACUAUGAGUAGUGAGAGAGUCCAUUGAGGAGGGAAAAAUAAUGAAGAUCAGGGUGUAACAAAUGCUGGCAGUGACAUUCGAGGAGAAGCCAAAUCGUCCAAAUAUCAGGAACAAUCCACUGUCCAAUCAUGGAGAUCAGUACUCAUACCAUGACGAGAGUCUUGAUGAGAGGAUGAUGUUGACCCUCAUAUGCAAAUAAAUAUCAAGAUUCUACACCUCUCAACUAUGUAUCAUCAUUUGCAUACAUCAUGAAUAAUAAAAUGUUAUUUGCAUUUCCACUGAUUUGGAACAUUGUGUAACUACUACCAAUCUCGAUAUAGGACUUCGCAUCAAUGGGGUUUUUUUUGUUAUAAAAAAAUCUGCCAAAUUUUUAAAAAAAAUAAUUUAAAAUCGACUUUCUUUCUCUAUGAUUGGGAACCAUAAAAAUUCAUUUCAUGUUCUCAAGUUAAGCCAUGAGAUUUUCACUUUAAGCAAAUAUAAACAUCCCACUGGUGUUGAGUGAUUAUCAGCACCCCACUGGUGUCGAGAAUUUGAUAACCCACUAAUGUUGAGACUUGAGAGUGUGCAUACUUUACUAGAGUUGAGAGCAAAACACCUCACUAGUGUCCACAAAUUAUGAGUGUCGGUAGUCAAAAGGGUGUAACGAGGAUACGAUAUCAGACUACUUGUAGAAUCUCAUCACUAGCAUAGCCAACCUUUUGCUAGCAACAUUUCCAAGAAGAAAUGGACUCAAAUAGUGUAAUGGAGGAUCAACAUCAGUGAUCUUUCUUCUUCGGAAAAGGAACGGUCGAUUAGCCUAGCCAAAAAGAAUGACCACUCACAUCAAGUCGAUGCAAAAAAAUCAAAAGCGUCAAAUUGUGCGACUUACAUAUUGGGUAUCCCCUACUUGAGCACUUGAAGUCAUAAUCACUUAGACUCGUCACAACAAAAUUAGCUACCUUCACUAAAAGGCCAGAAAGAUAAUUUCAGGUUUACCUCACUGGAGUGCAUUGUUCAUCAUCUCAAUAGACAAUAUCUAUACACUCGAAUGAUGUUAGUCAUGAAAUCAAUCAGGUGUCCAAACCAAAGGCUAUUUGCUCGCCAAAUUUGAAGAAGUUAUGCAAGAAGAUCUAUAAUCCACCCAAUGAUCAUCCUCAUUAUCCAUCACUUGAACUCUUGCUUUCGAGAUAAACAAGAACCACCAUGAAAAUAGAGCUUCAACAUCCAUACUUGCGCCACACAAGGGUCUUCGAAAUUCGUUAUUUUGAUUACCAACGAGAAGUAGAAGUUGGUAUAAUACCAAAUCCUCAUUUAUCCAUCAUUUCAAGGUCAAACAAGGACCUCAACAAGUGAUAAGAUUUCUAGAAUCAAACUUCCACACAAAUUACCUCAGUUACUUCCCUAGUCGAGCUUACCCCUCAAAAUUAAAAUUUCAAGACAAGG